AUGUCUAUCAACCUUUUAAGUCGAUCCUUUUCUACUGAUUUCUCGAAGGACCCAGAACUGAAAGAGUUUAUGGAAUACAUGGAUGGACUGAAGAACUACGAGAAAUCCGACGUGCCCAAAUGUGUCGGCACUGAUUCCGAUGAUGGGUUUGAUCUUCGUAGGAUGAAACGCCUCUUGCAAUUGUUUGGUAAUCCUCAAUCCCAGUACAAGGCAUACAUGGCUCUCAACGAUAUACAUCCUGCAAAGGAGAGUUUAAAGAAGGCAUUGGAUUUGGAGCUAAAUGAUGGAACAAGCACAAAAGAGGAAAAAACAAAGUUCAAACAUGAGCUUAUUGUCUCCGAUUUACUCUGUUUCAUUGUGAUCGAUAUUGCAUCAUAUGACCAUAUGAGAGUUGGGGUCCUUCUCCAUAAGGUCCUACGAGGGGUUCUGCUAGCAGCCACCAGUUUGACGACUUUCAGAAAAUCUGAGGCCCAAGUUUUGUUGGCCGUGACUAGUGUUCUGUACUAUUUUUUAAGUUUUUUUGGAAAUAAAAGCUGA